UCAUUUUCCUCCCGCCAUUGCCAAUCAGUCAUCAACCUUCUCUCUCUAGGUUUCCAUCUCUCUCACAUGCACUAUGCAGCACCUACCUCCCAAAAAACCCUCGCAAUUCGUCGUCAAAGGUGACAGAAUCGAAGUCCGGCGCCCUAACGACGCCGUAACAUGGCAUCCCUCCACCUUCAUCCGCUUCUGCGGCGACAGAGCCUACGUCAAGUUCGAGACGAGCACGGACAGCGACGAUCCGACGUCUCCGCUGCGGCGCGAGUACGUCGCCGCCGCCGAGGUCAGGCCGGCGCAGCCGAUGGAGAUCCACAGGUACUUUAAGGUUGGGGAAAGUGUGGAGGCGUUUUGCGGAGAGAGAAAGGGGUGGAGGAGAGGGGAAAUCGCGGAGAUUUUGGAGAAUUCGCGCUACUCGGUGGUAUUUGAGGGCGCGGAUCGAGAGGGUUCCGCUUCUGCGGUGGAGCAGUGGGAGGUGAGAACGGUUAGGGACUGGAGUGAUGGCUUGUGGAAUCCGCCAUUGCUGCUUCAGCAAGUUCUUCAAGUGAAGAGCAAGUCGUCGUCUGAAUCACAGGCAAAAUCAAAUGGUUUGAAGCUCAAGAUAAAGUGCAGGAAGAAACCACAGCAAAUGAGAUUCAGUGAGGGGAUGCUAGUGGAGGUCAAGAGGAAUGAGAAAGGGUUCGAAGGUUCUUGGUUCAUUGCUGUUAUUGUUAAACCAUUGGAAGAUGAGAAGUACUUGGUGGAGUAUAGAACCUUAAGAACUGGUGAACAGACUGAAUAUUUGAGAGAAGAAGUGCAUGCUUCUUGCAUCAGGUGCACCCCACCUGUUAUCAGGCGUGUUAAGCCUUUUGAGUCUCUGGAACGUGUUGAUGCUUGGUCUAAGAGUGGAUGGUGGGAGGGUUACAUUGUUGAAGUCCUGAAUGGCGGUUCGUAUAUGGUUCACUUCUUGUACACAAAUGAAGAUCUGAUAUUGGAGCAUCGCAAACUGAGGCCUCAUCAAGAAUGGAUUGAUGGUAAAUGGUUUUCAGAUCUUAAGGUAGAGAAGACUGAAUUGAACGUUAAGCCUAACAACAAGAAGUUGAAGAUAAAAAAUAGGCGAACUGCAGAGCCAAUCUUCAGGGAGGGGGUGAUGGUGGAGGUGAAAAGUGAUGAAGAAGGCUAUCACGGCUCUUGGUUCACUGCUGAGAUAGUUUGCUCGUUAGCCUCCGGUGGAUUUUUGGUUGAGUACCAGACAUUGAAAACAGAUGAUGAAUCUGCACUGCUACGAGAAGAGGCGCUUGCUUCAUAUAUCAGGCCUUGCGCCCCUGAAAUCAUGAGGAUUGACUGUUACAUGUUGCUGGAAGAAGUUGAUGCGUGGUAUAAUGAUGGGUGGUGGGUUGGCCUCGUCUCUAAAGUUCUUGAUGAUCAAAGAUAUGGUGUGUAUUUCUGGACAACGAACGAGGAAAUCUUUUUUAAUCACUCUGAUUUAAGGGCUCAUCAAGAUUGGAUUGGUGGCAAAUGGACUGCUGCAAUGAUGAAAAAAGCGGAGUUGCAAGUCAACAACAAACAAAUUAUAAAUUAUGGAGAGCACGACAGAAUGGGAGUAGAACCAUUCAUUGUGAAUGGGAUGAAGGUAGAGAUAAAAGGUGAUGAUGGCGACAAAAACGAGGGCAUUUGGUACCCUGCUAUUAUUCUGAAAUCACUAGGCAUAAGAAACUAUCUAGUUCAAUACCAAACCUUAAUUAACGAAUAUGGAACACAACUGCACCAAGAAGCUUUCAGCCCUUGCAUAAGGCCUUCCCCUUCAGUCAUCCAAAGAAGAGAUUCCUAUAAGCCAUUUGACAGAGUUGAUGCUUGGCAUAACAAUGGGUGGCGUGUUGGUCGAGUCCAGAAAGCCUCUUCGAGCAGAAACUACUCUGUCUAUUUCAAUGCGACAAAUGAGAUGAUGGAGUUUCAGCAUUUUGAGUUGAGACCUCAUCAAGAUUGGAUACAAGGGCAGUGGGUUUUGUCUAUAAGGGGCUCUUAGUCGCACUCAAGGUGAAGAUAACUGACUUGUCCCAUGGUGAAUCUAACAACUUGAUUUGUGGUGUAUUUGAAACUAAUCUCUCGUCUCAGGUGACAUUGCCUCGUGUUAAUGUGGUCCUAGCUACGGGUUUAACUUAUUCAGUUAUUUGCAAUCUAUGAGAAAUGUGUCACAAAUUGAAAUACUAAGGAGUAAGGAUUUAACUAAUUUACAUUCUCAUUUCUGAGCUAUAAUUCGAUGUCGUAAAUUUGUGUUGAUUAAUCAUUUGCAUGAAAUCAUCACUACUAUAUGUGGCGUUUGAAUAUAGUAGUACAUUAUAUUCUCUAGGUAUAUAAGCUUGAUUAGGUCGUGUAGUUUGCUUGAACGAAGUCAAGAGUAUAACAUCAGAGAUGAGCAGUGAGUGUUGAGCGAGCUUAUAGUUAUACGGGAAGAUGACAUUUACUUAGUAAAGUUGGAAUUCAACCUGGGAGUUUUUGUGUAUUUAUAUUUUUGUUUGAUCAUUAAAAUUAUAUGCUAGACCUUUAAGGGCAUUCACAAUGCAGCCCCGUUUGCGGCUGUCCACGGCCACCCGGCUGUCCUCCCCUUAUGCAGCUGAAUCGCCGACUGUUGGACGAUUCUCGUGGUAGCCGCAUGAUUUAAUAUUUUUUAUAUUUUUAAUUAAUUUCAUUUCCCUGUAAAUACCCACAUUUUCAAUUAAUUUUUCACACCUCUCACACUCUGUUUUCCUACUUCCAAAUCUUAAUAAUUGUUGAAAAUUGAGCCAAGUUCUCAAGCAACAUUCUUGGCCUAUGCAUAUGCAAUGGGUCGGGACCCAAAUGAUGUGAAUACUUGGAAUAAAGAUUCUCUUCCACAAGUCAUGUCGACGCAGGUUCCGCCGGUGACUCGGGAACCAUUGACGCAAAUGACGAUUCCCGGCGUUUGAUACCCUGGCCUGGGUACUCAUGGAUAUGGAAUCAAUGUAGAUGACUAAGAGAUUUCGGGUAUGGAGCCUAUUGGAUCGUUCGAGGUAUCCCAUGAAGAGACCGAGAUUGCAUCUGUUCCCAACUAAAGGGCAAAAAUGCAAAGGCAAAGGCCAAGGCAAAGCAAGGCAAAGAGUAUUUUGGCAAACGUGAAGAAAAAUUCCACCGAGGAGUCGAAGGCGGUUGCUACAUCAAAGACUCGGUUGUCGGUUCUGUUCCGAAGGUCUGCAUGUUCUGAGAGAGAAUUGUUGAGGCGUACAACAGGACGAAGCCCCACCUAGGCAUGGGAGUGCGAUUGAGACAAUCUUCGGAAGCAUUGGGGCCGCAUGUUAAUUGAGACAUUAUUUUUCAGUACGGAGAUUAAGAUAUUGUGUUAAGUGGAUGCUAAAUAAAGUAAGAGAGAUUAAGAGAUAAUAAAGUAAAAGAUAAAUUAAUUUUUUUAUUAAAAAUAGAAAUGAUUCAAUUAUGUUGGAACUUCUUAAAAUAGAAAAAUGAUUUGUUAAUAGAAUGGAUGAAUUAAGAUUUUCUGUAAAUUUUCA